AUGGCUGACGAGGGCACCAGCACGGAGGCGGCACUGCAACUUGACCCGACGAGCCGCACGUUUGACCCAAAGGCGUACAUCCGCCACGCCCACGCUCAUGUGAGGCAUGUGGACAUUGAAAAGAAGCUUUUGCAAACCGUAGGUCACGAGGUGGAAGUCGCGGAGGAGGCGAUGAAAGGGCUGAUCCGUGACAACAUGGGGGCUUUCAUCAGCUGCAAGGAGGCGAUGGACGUGAUGUACGCCAACGACACCUCACUCUUCACGGGGGAGGCGGUGGACCCUAUUGCAGGAGCGUUCAAUGCGCUGCUGGAGGAAGGGGAGGCGCUUAUGGCACCAACCGUGGAACUUUUUGAGGAGCUGCGCAGCUGCAGGCUCACGAAGGAGAUGCUUGAGAAGCUUAUGGUGGUCUGGAGUGUGCCUGGCGCCAUUUACGAGUAUUGUGGAGCGCGUGUGCCGCAGCGUCAAGGCAGCCAGGAUCGGCGCAUGAAGGGGGAGGCGGGCGCAUCGAGGAAUGCGGACGGCAGCUAUGGCCAUAGCAGCGAUCACGCAGAGGAGGGGAUGAGUGAAGUGGCGAAGGAUAGACGUAAUCUUGCCGCCGGGGACGGCAGUCUACCGCGGGGUGUGCGAGGCGCCCUGGAGGAGGACACAGACAGUGCUGACUCAGGCGGUGACUACGUCCUGAGACCCGGUGAGGAGCUGAUUCUCUGGCACGGCACCCCGCUUGCACUUCGGCGGUCCAGCCGUCAACAGCCCCGAGGCGAGGAGGCAGCGGGGGGGCGCAGCAACUACGAGGCAGCUGGGCUGAGCCUGCGCCGCGCCAUGUCAUACCUGGAGGAGAACUACGACCUGGAGCAUGCGAUAGUUCUCGGCGUCGAAACCGGUGACGACACCGAUCAGGAGACGGAAGGAGCACGCAGCUCGCCGACAAUGCAGAAAAAUCAAAAGCAGCAGCACGCCGUCUUGAUGCUGACGUAUCGCUACGCCUUGUCCCUCCUCCGUGCCGCGUUGUAUCUUGGUGAGACGAUGGCGCAGGAGCUGCGGCACGCCAGUGCCGCCGACACGGUACUCAUUGAAGACACCCUCUCGUCGAUGAUGGACGUUGCCAUUGCAACGGUGAAGCUGCGCCACUUCUGCUGGACUGUUUACAAUAAACUACGACCUGACGCCCCCCACGCCCUCGCUUUGUCGGAACUGCGGCAGGAACUGCAGGAGAACAGCAGCAGCAACAACAACAACAACAACAACACCAACACCAACGUCCAUGAAGACGAUGAGGACGACGCUGUGGAGUCGCCUGUCUUGAUGUCGUUGCUUGGUUCCUUUGCUGAAACCGAGGCGAGCUCCAGCAUGGUCACUGCAAAGCUGCUGCUGUCGAAUGCCUCGAGCGAGCCAGGCAACCAGCUGCAGGGCAAGGAAUCACAACAACGUCCAUCCAAUCCAGCGCAGUUGUUGGAGCACCCGGUGGAGUACUACGUCCGCAUCACCAGGAACCAGCAUAUACGGAUGAUGGAAAGCGCCGCAUUGAACAUUGGCCGCGAGGCAAGCGAGUGGCAGAUGAAGUUUAUGCCAGGUGAGACGACUGCGGAAAGCGCCUGUAUGCGCGAGAACGGCAGUGCACCACGAGUUGGGUGGUUAGAUUCCAUUACAGCGACCGGGGGAUUGCUUGGCAACGCCGAUGCCUCGUUUGUGCUCUGCAACACAGUUGGAUUUAAACCGAUGGAGUCUAUUGCGCUGGCAGCGGGCACUGUAAGUGAGCGCAUCAAAGUCGGUGGCUUUGGCGUCGAUGUGGCGGAGUCAAGUGAACAGCAGCACGCGGAGGCGAUACUAGAGGCAUUCCGCACCCCCGAGAUGAAUUUCUCGCGCUUCACGACGUUUAGCAUCGGUCAGGUGGAGAUGAGUGGAGUGCUGGAGUGCUCAGCCAGGCAGCUUGUGAUGUGCAGUGCAAGGCUGAUGCGGCAGCUCACUAGUCGUGCAGAUGCCACAAUAGACAUUUCCACCUCUGUAGCCACUGUGGACACCUUCUCUGGUCGCCUCUUUGCAGCCUACGUGGAUCACCUGGAGUUUGUGCUGGUGUCGUACUGGGGUGGUAUUGCGGCCGCCGUGCACGCAGGCAUGUUCGACUUUUCAUUGGAUCCCAACAGCGCGUUGUACCGCAUGAUGCAUGGACCAGCGGUGUUGGGUGCCCCUGAUGCUGCGGCGGAGACAGCUCUGGCCUCGGCGGCAGCUGCGGUACAAGAAAUCAGCGUCGCAGUUAACAGAAAUAAACGUGCGGAGGAGCUGCCGCGUCUCACGUAUAUUCCAAUCGUACGGGAGGGGUCUCCGACGUUGCGGCAGCUCUCGGUGGAGCUGGUGCGACGGGGUGUAAAGACCACCGGGGAAAUUCUCCAUGCCCUCUUCCUCAGCAGCAUAAACCGCACUUUGCUGCGGAGUUUUGUGCACACUAUGGCUGCGUAUCGUGUAUCCGACGUCGUGAACAAUGGGUGUGGAGAGGAAGAGGAAGAGCACGUCGAGCUUCACGCCGCCGUGCUUGUGGAGGUCAUUCUCACGCAUUGGGAGAAGGCCAUGACGCACGUGAGUGACUCCGUGCGGCGCAUGAAAAUUGUGAUUGGAGAAAGUUGUACCUCUGCCACUGUGGUGAGUGAGGUGCAGGCGCAUGAGGUGGGGGAGUUGCUGGAGGAUCUUGAACAGCUGCGUUCCAGCCUUUUUAGCUGCUACACGCACGGUGUCGGCAUGCUGGCCAAGGCCUACGUGACGCUGCUGCCCUCGCUGCAGCAGACGACGCCGGCGAUGAAUGUCAAUAAAACCGUCUCCGCCCGCGUCAGCCGCGAGUUCGUCUCAUCGGUGCUGGUGAACAAACUUCUGAACCUGCUCUCCGUCGUGAUCGACCGCACCGCACCCUUUCUGCAGCGUUUUGAUGAGGUGUACGAUGGCAUUGACCUCUUCGCUGCGAAGGCAGAACGCGAGAGGCCGGAGGAUGCCAACCAACAGAGGCAGGGCCACCGUGCACGCGUCCUGCGGCAGAAGCCUCAGGAAGACUUGGAGUGGCCCACGCAGCUUGACACCGUCACCACCUUCAUAACCCAGUGCAACAGCAAAAUGGUGCUUAAGCACGUGGAGGAGCAGGAGGAGAUGUUGCUGGCGUUAGUGACGAACAUCAUGCUGGUCUUUGUUGACGCCCUGCACCAGAGGGCCUUACUUGGCGCGAGCAGCAUCCUUGAGUCGCGGGAGGUGGUUCAUAUUGAUGGCCUUGCGGAUGUCUUGUGCCUUCCAACGGCAGUUGUGCCCAUUGUGAUUGGGGAGCUUGUGUCACCAUGCAUCUUGCAGGUUGUGGCCGCGCUCCGGACGGAUGUGAAGACCGUGCAGGGGGUAGAGGCGUUGCUAAACCGCAAGGAGGAGCACUUCCGGGCCGACCACAUCUCGCAGGUGGAGGAUCAGUGCCAGCUGGUGGUGGAUGCCAUGCUCAGUAUGCUUCUUGUCACACCGCAGCAACGCAUCACGCGGGAGGUGCGGGCCUCAGGCUUCAUGAUGCCCAUGAUGGACUGGCAGCGUGUGUCGCUCCACACUGCCGGUGCUGUGCGGCCCUACGUCGCUGACAGUCUUUUAUUGAUUGUGCAAGCCCACGAAGAGCUGGAGUACCUGCGGCAGCCACUGCUCGCGGCGGUGGUGACGCAGCGGCUCGUGUCACACUUUGCCCUAACCUUCGUGACAGCGCUGACCAGCGAUGGAAACGCCUUUGAGGUGUCACUCGACUGCAGCGUCAAUUUUCUCACGCACGGUCUGCUGUUGAUUGAGGCGGAGGCACGCACCAUUCUCAGCGUCGCAGAUACGCUCGCAGACAGUGUUAUUCGUAAAUCUGGCUUUGGUGCCGUAAUACCGGAGCUGAACGUGGUGCGUGAGGUGCUGCGCGGUACUGUGACGGCGCUGCAGCGUCAAGGCACCGCCGUCUGCGAGGCCCUUGCGUCGCGCCAGGCACAACCCCCUUCCAGCGGCAGCAACGGCGGUGGUGUUGGUGAGGCGGGCGAAGCCAUGACAGUGCGGCAGCGCGAGGCACGGUGUGCGGAAAUGGUGCACAGCGCCAUGCGACGCCUGCACUCUGUCGUGGAAGCCAUUGUGACGCACGUAGACGACGCCACCGUCACGGCGGCGUUUAAGCCCCUUGUGGGCAGCGUCACCGGGAAUGUUGCAGAGCGGCUGGCGAGGCGUAGGGAAAACUACCGUCUGGCGCAUGCCGGGCGAUCACAAGCAGAGAAGAAGCAGGUGAAGGUGGUGAAUCCAGAGAGCAAAGCAGCAUCAGUGGUGGCGGACGAGAAGGACAGCGGGGAGGCUGCAGCGGAGGCUACGACACGCUCCCGGCGGGUCAUGCGAAAGCAGCAGCGGCAGCUGAAAAUAAAAGAGGAGGUAGGUAGUGAUGCCGUGCCGACACCGCGAGCGGUGGAGCACGCAUCAGUUCUGCAGCGCGCGGCUGAGCAGGAGGUGAAACGCGCCAGAACCUCGACGGAGGUGCAGGGCAGCACGAGCGCGGCUGAGCGGAGCGCGGUGGAUGUGCAUCAACCGCGCGGUGGCGUGGGCACUGCGGGGCGCUCCGUGCGGGGACGAAGAGUCGUCCCGGAGGAAAGGGCGAACGGCUCCUCCACCGCUCCGUCGCCAGCGGCAGCGACAGGUAGGAGCGGUGGAGGAGCUCAUGGGCAUCGCUUCAAGCGGGCCCUCGCGCUGUGA